AUGGCCGAGUACUGGAAGUCGACGCCGCGGUACUGGUGCAAGCAUUGCUCCAUGUACGUGCGCGACACCAAGCUGGACCGCGCCAACCACGAGGCCACGGGCAAGCACCGCGGCGGCGUCGAGCGCGCCCUGCGCGACCUGCACCGCGGCCACGAGCGCGACGAGCGCGAGAAGGAGCGCGCGCGCCGCGAGAUUGAGCGGCUCAACGGCGUCGUCGGCGGCGGCGGCCCUUCGUCGUCAGAUGCCGCCGGCGCUAGCAAGCCACGGACCGGCCCGCCGCCGCCGCCGACGACGCCGCAAUCACAGCCACAGCAACAGCAACAGGGAGGGGCGGCGGCGGGCCUGAGCAAGGAGCAGCGGCAGGCGCAGCUGGAGCAGCUGGUGGCUAUGGGCGUCAGCAUACCCGACGAGCUGCGCGCCGACAUGGCCAUGGCGGGCGACUGGACCGUGACAAAGGUGCGGGUCGUGGACAGGGACGGGAACGGCGGCGCCGGCAAACCGGCCACGGACACGGCGGGCGUGCGCGGGAAGCGGGAGCGCGACAAGACGGGGGACGAGGUCGAGGCCGAGGAGGCGGCCGAGGGCCUGUUCAAGCGGCCCAGGCGCUGGGGCCGCGGGGACGCCAAGGCCGUUGGCGGGGCUGAGGACGCGGAGCUGGAGGCGCUGCUGGGCGGGGACGUCGUGGUCAUCAAGAAGACGGAGGGGGAUGACGACGAGGACGGGAAGUCGGCGAUCAAGAAGGAGGAUGGGGGCGGGGUCAAGAGGGAAGAUGGCGCGGCGGCGGCGGCGGCGGCGGCACCGGUCAAGAAGGAAGAGCAACCGGCCGACGUCGCUCCAGUCAAAGACGAGCCUCGCGAUGAGGAAAGCGGCAUCGGUGAGAGCGUACCUGGUGAUGCAGGCGCCGCCCCGGCGGUUAUGUUCAAGAAGAGGAAGCCCAAGAACAUCCGGCAGAGGUGA